AUGGCCUCGGAACAGCGACUGCGCAGCCGACAGGCUCACGCUCCCGGCGCAACCUACCUCGCCUAUACACCGAACGGAAAGAAACUCAUCACAGCCGGAGUCGACAACUACUGCCGUGUGUUCACAACCGGGUCAGAUGACGAGCCCAUCACCGUAGACGACUGUCAAGAGAACAAUGCAGCAGUGGUGGCUGGCAAUGCCUUCUUCAUCACUGGCUCAGAAGACGGCACAGUGAGCAAGUACUCGUUGGAAGGAAACAAGUUCGAGGAGAUCCUCGUCAGGACCACGCUGCCUGUGCGAGAUGUAGCCUUGAGUCCGGAUGGCAAUUGGAUUGCUGUUGCGAGCGAUGAACUCUCGGUAAAUAUUGUAAACACAAAGGACAUGACCAAAGUCCGUACACUACGCGAUCAGCCACGCGCGGUCAAGCAUGUGUCCUUUGACAACAAGGGCGAGCAUCUCGCUGUCUCCUGCACCGACGGCAAUAUCUACGUAUACAACCUCGACGAGAACGAGCCCGAGAUGAUCAAGAAGGUGGAUGGCAUGAUCAAAAGCCUGGAGACUGAGUCUGAGUCAAGCUCAAAAGUGCUUUGGCACCCUGAUGGAAGGGCUUUUGCAACACCUACAGCCCUUCGUGACGUGCAAGUCAUGUCGACAAACGAUUGGGCACGUCAGCGCGUUUUCAAGACAGGUCACACAGCAGAUAUUACAGCGGCAGCGUGGUCACCAAACGGUGCCCUUUUGGCAACAGCCUCCAACGAUCUGGACCUAAAACUAUGGGACACGAAGACACAAAAGUUGCUGAAAUCGUUUGACAUUGUCAAGGCAACCAUACUUGCCAUGGUCUGGCAUCCUACCGAGAACAUACUUUCCUACACAAACAAUGAAGGAGAACUGUUCAUCCACACAGACUUUGUGCCAGAAGAACACCUCCCAUUGUUGAACAAAUCUACCGUAUCGGCGCCGUUCUUCCAUGAUCCUUCCGAAGGCCGAGCUGGAGUUGCACCUGCACCUCAGGCGAACGCCACAACAAGAGAGCUACCCGGACGACCACGGCAACGGGAUGGCACGCCUGACUCCCUAGACGACCUGCUUGGCCCAGACUUCAGAGAUGACGAGGCGAGAGAUGAUGGCGACGAGGACAUGGAGGACUUUGUCGUUGAUGACGAUGGUGCAGGCUACGCACAAGCAGUCAACGGCCACGGAAAGCGGACGAGUGGCCACCUGAACGGCGCUGAGCCUGUGGCUAAGAAGCGUGCCACAACUAGUGCAUUGUUCCGUCCACAGAUUCAUGAACCCUUUCAACCUGGUAGCACACCCUGGAGAGGCAAUCGAAGGCUGCUCUGUUGCUCGUUGACUGGCCAUGUCGAGACGAUUUCGCAAGAAGGGCGGCAUAAUACCGUCUCUGUAAACUUCUACGACCAGCACACUUUCCGCAACUUCCACUUCACAGACAUCUUUCUCUACGACAAGGCAUGUCUCAACGAGAACGGAACGUUGUUUUCAUGUCAGCCCAACAGUGCUGGCGAUGGGAACCCAGCAAUGAUCUAUUACCGCCCACACGAGACAUGGACAACACGAACAGAUUGGCGUACCAACCUGCCUGCCGGCGAGUCAGUAACGGCCAUUGCACUAUCCGACUCGUACGUCUGUGUAACAACCAGCACAAACUACAUUCGCAUCUACUCCUUAUUUGGCCUGCCCAUCCGGGUCUACCGCCAAAAGUCCUCACCCGCCGUGACCUGCGCUGCGUGGCGCGACUAUAUCCUCACUAUCGGCAACGGACCCAUCCAAUCCGAUCUCUCCACACAGCUGCUCUACACGAUCGAGAACGUCAAACACGACACCAUCUACCAAGACUCUGACAUCCUCGCGCUCCCACCAAACACAACCCUCGACUCCGUCUUUUUCUCGUCCUCCGGAGACCCGUACAUCUACGACUCGUCCGGCGUGCUGCUAACCCUGCUGAACUGGAGAUCAAACGGGCAGGCACGCUGGGUACCGAUGCUCGACACAAAAUGCCUGUCCCGCCUCGCGACGGGCGGAAAGGAGGAAUCGUACUGGCCCAUCGGCGUGGCGCAAGACAGCAACGGCGCCUCCAAGUUCCACUGCAUGAUCAUCAAGGGCAAGGAAAAGUACCCGUCCGCGCCAGUGCCGCACCUGAGCGAAUUCGGCUUCGAGAUUCCCCUCUCGAGCUCCAUCGACCGCAAGAAGCAGAUGGGAGUCCUCGACGCCGAAGAACUGAGCGACGAAGACGACGACGAAGAAGAAGCAGCAGGUGGUCGGAAGAAGAACGAAAGCAAGCAGCAGGAGCACGAACAGGCUUUCAUCCUGUCUAGCACUCUGCAUGCCCAGCUCGCCUCCACGCUAUCCCACACCCGGCUCUCGUCCUCACAGAAACAGGAUCUCACCAACCUGGAAGUCGCUAUCGAUCGUGCCCUGCUGCAGCUUCUCGGUGUCGAGUGUCUGGCGGGCGAGGAUCACGGGAUGAAAGCAUUGGAGAUUGUGAGUCUGAUGCGCGAUGCAAACGGCAAGAUGCUGGAUCUUGCUGGCAAGGUUGCGGGUCGAUACGGAAGAGAUGUGCUUGGGGAAAAGAUCAGAGAACUCGCGGAAAAGAGGGCUGCAGGGAGAGAAGACGAGGACGUCGACGAUGACUUUGCUUGA